AUGGCCCGGCGAGCACUCGCAGUGGUUGGAAACCAUGUCAAUGGCCAUGUCAAUGGAGAUGCGCCACCUUCGACACUCGCAGCGCAGCUCGUGCAACAACAGAGUCGACAAGAUGCAAGCCAGCAUCUGGGAGGGGUUGCCACCUUCCAAGAGUUACUCCAUGAGAUCUUGCACAAUGACUCCGCCGUCCAGGAGACAGACGUCAAUGUCAACGUCCAACUCAUUAGUGUCGUAACCCAGAUGGGACUUGAGCCCAUUACAAAGGACAAUCCGUUUUCCAACUGGGAUGUUUUGAUUCCACAGGCCGUAAACAGCAUCGCUGUUAUCGAGAAGACGAUCGUUCGUCAACCAGAUGUUUUACUGGCACAGGCUGCGCAAGACGGCCCUCAAAUAUUCCUGACUCUGUUAACCACACUCCUUGCGGCCUGUGGGCCACCAAAAUGCCGAGAGCUACCCAUCCCUCGGCUGCUGAGUUCUGCUCUCGCAGCACUAUCCAAAUCGAGUCACCUCUGGCAACAAGCUCUUGUCCUCCAGGAAGUAAUCCGGGAAUGCGUGGACGGUAUGGCGAUCUCAUCUUGGUAAGUAAUUUCUUGGCUUACUUCAUAUCCCAGAUACUCUUUCUGCUCUCGAAGCCCUGCCAACGCCCAACGCUGCUCUCAACCUCCGGCUGCCUCCCGCGAGGAGCGUCGGGAAGUUAUGGCCGAGCUCAGAGAACAGCAUUACUGUACCGAAUGGCAGCACAACGACCAUCAACGAUAUUUCUCGCGCAUUCAUAAUCUCCUUCGACCUCUCUGGAGUACAAGCAUUCAGCGCUGCGUGGGAACGCGAAACUCAGCGUCGACUGCAGAUUCUUAUUAUGCGAUUCAGACCACAACUGGAACAGACAGGACUGUGGGAGCAAUUGCUAAAUCGUCUUCUUCGCUCAUUUGAUUGUUGGCCUUUGCUCCCUACCUUACUGCAGGAAAUUGCAAGAAACAGCUCCUCUAACUCUGUGCAAACGGGGGUCGGGAGAGCUCUUCUGGAAACACUGCGGUACCAUUCUGGCCUCGCAGCGGAUGCGUUAAUGCCGUGUCUUCGCAAUAUCGCGAGUGGCGAAGCUUGGAACGGCCUGCACGGAGACUUGAAAAUUGCCAUCACUACCUGGCUGUGCCGAUUUGACCCAGAGGAUGACCUACCCCAGUCAGCGAUUGAUGUGCGAGAAGCAUUCCGCCAGGGCAAUUUCAUGAGCGACAAUGAUCUCCAAGCCGCUUUCAAGCAGUUGAGUGUCUUUCAAUCACCAAUAAUGGCGCGUUCAAGGAGGCGAAAGCGCCGUCGAAUUUCAGCAGAAGCGUCUGACACUAAGCGAACGGCCGCGAUGCAGCUUGCGUCCAGAUUGCUUACUGGCAUCGAGACCACCGAUUUAUCAACGCUUCCCGAGGUGGCAAGCUCUGUGUAUGCAACUCUCGAUGAGGACAACAAAUGCACAGCUUGGCAGUCUUUGGUUGACUUGGCUACUCACGACCUUCCUACGACCCUCCAGACCGUGUCAAAGCUUAUCGAACUACCUGAGCUUAACAACACCCAGCUUCCACGCGUGCUGUCCGUUCUUGCAGUCCAAGCUUGCGUCGAACGUACCGCCGACGCAGAUUAUACCUCACUAGGACACUCCCAGUUCGGAAAGUAUUGUUUGACGGCCCUUCAUAGCUCGACUCGCAACCUCAGAAUUGCAGGUGGAAACUCGCUUCCAAGCUUUCUAAGGGAAGAUUUGCCCGAGGAGGUGCGGACACAGAAUCGUCAACUUGCAUUGGAGUACCUUCGAACACUCUCGGAUCGAAAUGCACCCAACGAGCAUGAGACGCUCAUAGCGGCCUGGGGUCAGGUUGCUGUUGCGUGUGGUGAGCGUGAAUUGAACCUCGUCCUCCUGCGGCUGGUGGACUACUUGGGCCACGGCAACCCUCUAGUGGCAGGACUGGCGUUCGCCGAAAUUGAGGCAAUUGCUGCGGUCAAAAGCAUGAGUACAUUGGAUCUCUUCCGACCAUUCUGGCGUUCCGUGGCCGUAUUUGCGGUUCAAGAGCUCAACGUCAAUCCGCAGAAGACGCAGAGACUUUGCGAAGUGCUCCACUGCAAGGACGUCGCGUCGUUCCUCAAAAUGACACAGCAAGAUACUCUUCCAGCCUUAGUGCUCACCAAGAAGAGAGACAUCAUUCAGCGAAUCGCAGAUACUAGAGGUGAAGGUACCUCAGUAAGACAAGUCUGCUUGUCGCCAUUGGCAAAUUUGGCAUCCAUACUCACCAGUCUUCUGACUCAAUCCCCUUCUGCCGACAUCGAAGAGUCGGCAUCCGCAUGUCUCAUUGAGGUGGACCCUGAACUCAAGCGUUGGACUCUACACGAACUGAUCAAGCAAGAUCCAGCCUUGAUUGCAGCUGAGGUACUCAAAUAUUGUGGAGAAGAAAGUGACAACCGCAAAUCAAGAGCAUACCAAGGCUUUUAUACGCUCGCGAGCAUCGAACAAGCUCCCAACAGCCAACGCAAGGCCAAGUCUAGAGAUAACCGAUCAGUUGCGGCUUUCUUCGAAGGACACAUCCUGGGAAUCAUUGCGCAUUUCUCCACUCGACUGGAAGAGAACAAACCUACAACCGAGUGUCUCGCGGAAAAGGUUCGGUGCCUGAAGGGUCUUGCAGAAGUAUUCGUUUUGUCCAAAGGGAGCGUAUCCAAAGCUCUCCCGCAAAUACGAGCAUGUCUGCAAUGUGGUCUUGAGCAGCCGGAGUUGACCGAGCUUGCCUUCAGUAAUUGGCUCGCUCUACUGCCACUCCUCGAGGAAGCAGACAUCAAAGGCAUUAUUGAUGAAUUUCUGGUCCUGGUGGUGAGGCAUUGGUCAACAUUCUCGGCGGACUUACAGCGAAGGACUCACGAUAUGAUUGCUGACCUGAUUCACAAGCACCAGAAAAUGCUGCAGGACAACCUUAUGAUGUUACCCUCUCUGGCUGGCAUUCCGCUUUUGUCUAAGUUUGCUGCAGAAUUCGAGAGAUUGAAGGAUGCAGAGAGCACCGAGAGCCACUGCACGGCUUUUACGACUCGUUUGAGAGACGAUACGGAUACUGUCGUGCUUCAAGCACUUCACGAGCUGGUGCCAUUCCUUGAAACACGCCAAGACUUCGUCCACGACACUGCAUCCAGCGAGCAACCUUCACCGGUCUUGUCUGAGCUGAUCUGUGCCUUACUCGACGUUACCGUCAAGUAUUCUGGCAUCGACGAUAAUACUGCUAUUCUUUGUGGCAAAGCGCUGGGUAUCAUUGGAGCUCUCGACCCUAACAGAGUCGAGGCGAAUCGAAAGAAGAGACAACUAUUGGUUCUGUCUAAUUUCGACAAGGCCAACGAGACCAUUGACUGGAUCAUGGCUCUCUUCGAGGACGUGCUUGUGAAAGCCUUCAAGUCGGUCACAAAUGUUCGCACCCAGGGCUUUCUCGCCUUCACCAUGCAGGAGCUCUUGAAGGCUUGCAGUUUGAACGAGCAAGCUACCUUCAGAACUCGCGCUUCGCAGGCUCCUUUGGCUUGUGGACGCUGGAACGAGUUACCCGAACACAUUCGCACAACUCUGACACCAUUCCUGAGCUCUCAUUACACAGUCACAAGCAACAGCAAAUCUGAAGCCGGGGAACCGCGGGUUUAUCCUUCUUUCACACCAGACGCCAGUCCCAGCCAGUGGCUUCGAUCCUUAACAGGAGAUCUACUUCUAAGAGCGAACGGAGACAACGCCAAGGAGAUCUUUCCGCUUUUGGCGAGGACUGUACGUGGUCAUGACAUGGCGAUAGGCCGAUUUGUUUUCCCCUUCGCCGUGCUGAAUGUGGUACUUGGAGGUACUGUGGCCGAGCUCCAAGGGCUAGCUGAGGAGUUUCUUGCUGUUCUCAAUGCGAGUCCAGCAACCCCCUCUCAGCAGGAAACCAUACGGCUAUGCAGCGAGACUGUCUUUUCAGUGCUUGAUUACCUAUCAACAUGGCUCAGAGAGAAGAGAAAAGAAUUGUCUGAGACUCGAGCUGCGGCAUACAAGACAGGCCAUUCGCCGAAUGAAUUCGAUGAGGCGCGAGAUAUGGGUCAGAUUGAAACUGUGGAAGCCUUUUUUGCCCUUAUACCGGCCGAGAUAAUUGCGCGACAAGCUAUGGAGUGCAGAUCCUAUGCGCGUGCGCUCUUCCACUGGGAGCAGUACAUCCGGCAGGCGCGUGAUCUCAUCCCCUCGGGACGUCUUUCGGAAAAGGAAGAUGGAAUGUACGACAGACUCCAGGAGAUAUACUCUCAGAUCGACGAACCCGAUGGUCUUGAGGGCAUCGCUGCUCACCUACCUAUCAUAAGCGAGGAUCAGCAGGCUUUCAACCAUGCCAAAUCUGGUCGCUGGGCGGCGGCUCAGGCUUGGUAUGAGCUACAGUUAGCUGAGCAGCCUGACGUGCCGGACUUGCAGCACAAUGUGCUCCGGUGCCUUCAAGAGACUGGGCAGUAUACGCCUUUACUGAAAUAUGCUGAGACCUUUCUCAAUGCCAGCCGCGGCACCAAUGAGAAGCGCUUCACUACCGAGAUGCAUCUUCCUCUUGCAGCCGAAGCCUGCUGGAUGACCGAGAAUCUCAACGGCCUCGAAAAAGUGCUCUCAAAUCAUGCACAGAAGGACGCAACAGAGUUCAAUGUAGGAAUUGGACAGUGUCUCUUAAGAGCCGCCGAUGUUUCAGAGGGGUCGUUUCUGGGCGAGCUACAGCGCCUACGCAAGUCGAUCACUGAGAGUUUGUCCAUGGCGGGGACCGACACUUUGCAGAAUUGCCACAGUGAGCUUCGGAACCUACAUGUGAUAUACGAACUUGAAGCUUUGAUGAAUGCGGACGCAGCUCAAGCGUCAACAAUGCUACAGGCCUUCGACAAGCGACUUGCUGCAAUGGGGUCAUACAUACAUGAUAAGCAGUAUGUCCUAGGCAUCCGGCGUGCAGCGAUGCGACUUCGCCCAGAAGCCUACAAGGACUCAAAGAUCGGGGCCUCCUGGCUCACGACAGCCAAACUCGCUCGCCAAGCGAAAAACAUCAGCAGCGCUUACAACGCUGUUCUUAAAGCUGCAGAAUAUGACGAGCGCGGUGCAAAGCUGGAACAGGCUCGUCUGCUUUGGCACGAGGGUCAUCAACGCCAGGCUAUUCAAGCACUGGAAGCAGCAAUCCAAUCGGGCAUCUUUGUAAAUGCUGAUCCAGAAGGAGAUACGCCCAUGUCCGACCCCAGUGUCAGCGUGACAAAAUCUGACGAGAUCAAUGGCUAUCGCCAAGACCCUCUCGAGGCUAAGGCUCUUCUGAUUCUUGCAAAAUGGCUUGAUGCUUCCGGGCAGAGUCAGACCAAGGACAUGACUGAUCGGUAUCAACUUGCCGCCAGACGCUAUCAGCGCUGGGAAAAAGGGCAUUAUUACCUUGGGAAACAUUACAGCAAGUUGCUUGAUGCCCAAAAAGCACUACCAAAAAACAAGCAGGCAGCUGCUUUCCUGACUGGUGAACUUUCCAAGCUCGUAAUCGACAAUUCGCUCCGAUCAAUUCCAUUCGGCAACAAGUACUGGCACGAAACCAUACCCAGAGUACUUACGCUAUGGCUUGAGCUUGGAAUGGAGGCGCGCCAAAAGAACGCCAAAGAGGAGCAGGCAACAUUCGACAAGCGAGUCAAGUCCCUUCAACAGUGCAACAAACAACUGCAGAAGUAUUUUGACAGGGUGCCGCCGUACGUGUUCUACCAUGCACUGCCACAAUUGAUCUCCCGCGUCACCCAUCCUCAUCCGGAUAUUUGGAAGCAAUUGUCCAACAUUCUAACGAGAAUCGGAGCUUCGCAUCCAAGCCAGGCAUUAUGGAGCAUUUUCCCGAUGACCAAAGCCGAAGAUCCAGUAAGAGUCGAAAGAGGAGUCGAGAUCCUGAGCAAGAUCAAGGACCCCAAGAACAAGCCGAAGACUGCUGAUAGCUCUAUUGACCUGCGCGUCCUCAUACAGCAUGGCCAGAAGCUCUGCGACAGCCUUCUCCAGGCAUCGGAGCGCCCGGUGGAGCCAAGAAAGGUUCAGAUAUCUCUGGCGAAAGAUCUUGCCUUCAAUCAUAAGCUUGCACCAAGCCAGCUAGUGGUUCCCAUCCAGGCGACUCUCAUUGCUGCGCCGCCGGCUGUUACGACCAGUGAAGCUAUUCGGAAGCACAGAGCUUUCACGCAAGAAAAGAUCAUCAUCCAGGGCUUUUCCGACGAAGUGUUGGUGCUCAACUCUCUUCAAAGGCCUCGGAAGAUCACCAUUCGAGGCUCAGACGGCAAGUUUUAUGGGCUACUAUGCAAGCCGAAAGACGACCUUCGCAAAGACCAGCGACUGAUGGAAUUCAACGGCAUCAUCAAUCGUGCUUUGAAGCGUGAUACCGAGAGCAGCAAGCGUCGCUUGUACAUCAAGACGUAUGCAGUGACGCCGCUGAGUGAAGAGUCCGGCUGUAUCGAGUGGGUUGAGGGGAUUACGCCGCUGCGAGAUAUCCUUCUCGGCCUCUAUAAUCGCAAAGGUAUUCGUCCGAACUAUGCGGAGAUCAAGAAAGAUCUGGACGUUGCCUCGGCGGCUCCGGAGAAUGCACCCGUCUUUGCAAAGAAGGUGCUCAGCCAAUUCCCUCCGGCACUACACGAAUGGUUUACCGAGACAUAUCCGGAGCCGGAUACCUGGUUCGCAGCACGCUUGAGAUACGCGCGUUCUGCGGCAGUUAUGUCGAUGACCGGGCACGUCCUUGGAUUGGGCGACCGACACGGCGAGAACAUCCUCCUGGAAGAGAGCACGGGUGGAGUCUUCCACGUGGACUUCAACUGUCUCUUCGACAAAGGGCUCACGUUCGAGAAGCCCGAGAUGGUGCCGUUCCGCCUGACGCCCAACAUGCAGGACGCCAUGGGUCCGUAUGGACAUGAAGGACCUUUCCGCAAAUCGAGCGAGUUAACGUUGGGACUGCUGCGACAAGAACGGGAUACGCUUAUGACUGUCCUGGAGACAUUUCUCUAUGAUCCCACUACCGAUUUCGUGGGAAAGAAGAAGCGAUCCACCGUCGGCGUUCCCGAGACCCCGGCUGAGAUUCUUGAGAGCGUGGACACGAAGUUGAGGGGGUUGCUGAGGGGGGAGACGGUUCCACUGAGUGUGGAGGGAUAUGUGGACGCUCUGAUCCAGCAGGCUACGAGCCACUUCCGGCUUGCGAGCAUGUACAUCGGUGAGUAGGGCCCUCCGUCGCCUGCGAUUGUCCAUGGCUAACAAGCUCGUCCUUCCUUCUAGGCUGGUGUUCUUUCCUCUAG